UGCUCUCCGAAAGGAGGAGCGGGCCACUUCCUGCCCCUAAGCGGGCUGCGGGAGCCCAGGUCCCACCGCUUCCCUCCCGAGGCCAUGUGGCAUUCCUGAGGCUCACCUAAGAUCCAGCCUAGCUCCUAGGCACCAUGUCGGACAGUGAUCUGGGUGAAGAUGAAGGCCUCCUCUCCCUGGCGGGCAAGAGGAAGCGCAGGGGGAACCUACCCAAGGAGUCCGUGAAGAUCCUCCGGGACUGGCUGUAUUUGCACCGCUACAACGCCUACCCCUCAGAGCAGGAGAAGCUGAGCCUUUCUGGACAGACCAACCUCUCAGUGCUGCAGAUAUGUAAUUGGUUCAUCAACGCCCGGCGGCGGCUUCUCCCAGACAUGCUUCGGAAGGAUGGCAAAGACCCUAAUCAGUUCACCAUUUCCCGCCGUGGCGGUAAGGCCGCAGAAGUGGCCCUGCCCCGUGGUAACAGCCCCUCAGUGCUGGCAGUGUCGGUACCUGCCCCCGCCAAUGUGCUCUCUUUGUCUGUGUGCUCCAUGCCGCUCCACACAGGCCAGGGGGAAAAGCCAGCAGCCUCCUUCCCACCAGGGGAGCUGGAGUCCCCCAAGUCCCUAGUGACCCCUGGUAGUACACUUGCCCUGCUGACCAGGGCUGAGGCUGGGAGCCCCACAGGUGGACUUUUCAACACACCACCGCCCACACCCCCAGAGCAGGACAAGGAGGACUUCAGCAGCUUCCAGCUGCUGGUGGAGGUGGCGCUGCAGAGGGCUGCCGAGAUGGAGCUUCAGAAGCAGCAGGACCCAGCACCCCCAUUGCUGCAUACUCCAAUCCCUUUAGUUUCUGAGAACCCCAAGUAGGCAUCUGCUACAGGGGUGCUCAAGGCUCAAGCCAGGUGUUCUGGGUUCCUGGUUCGCUUCCCUUCCAUACAGAGGGUUUUCUAUGGAUCACUGCCAAGCAUCAGUAUCAUCUCCUCUGUCCAGAAGUCUUCAGCAGGAAGAUGCCAGCUGGUGUCACUGCGUUGUGACAGGGACCUCUCUGCUGACUGCCUUGUCUCCAGUCGUCCUCAGUGAUGAGACCAAGAGAUUGGAGAUAGGCAUGGUGCUGCUGCUGCUCCUCCAGAGAAUUCCUGGGACCCUUUGUUCCAGCCUGCUUUCCUUGGCUGGGCUCCGGAAACCUGCCAAGUUCAGACCUAUGCUGGGUCCAUGCUGCUCCUGAGCUGUGCCUCUGUCAAACCAGGUGUGGACAUUCCAUGUUCAUAAGUGUGGGCAAAAGAAGAGGGAUCCAGCACAUUUAACAGCACCGACUCCAGUUGAAUGUUUAGAUUUUUGCUAAACUGUUUAUUUUUCCUCUUUUGCUGUGGUUUGCAUUAGUUGCAGUAGUUAGCCCAGGAGUGGGGAAUGAGAGUGCAAGAUGGCAGAUGGAGUCUAAUCCUCCACUGUGAAUGAUCCACCACUGCUACUGGGGGUUGUUGUACAAGGGAGGAGUAUUUUUAUUUGGGGGACCAGCUAAAUCUCUGCAAAAUGAGGAAUUCCAAAUGGUUGUUUUAUUGUUCCUUUGGUUUACCAAAAAGGUGUUUGGGGCAGAAAAAGAAAUUUGGCAUUGGCUCUUUUGCAUCAGGCACAGAAGGGCAUAGCCACAGCCAAGAGAGAGUACAGCAGAACCUGACUCAACCUAGACAUAGAGCAGAGAAAGAUGAUAAAACCAGAGAUUUGUUUUUACUCUGUUUUGGGGUAGGGGUGGGGGAGUAAGCUAGACUGAAGCAAUGGGCUUUUUUUUUCCCCCCUUCUUCCCCUUGUUAAUACUCCCCCCCCCCCUUUUUUUUUUUUCUCCCUUGAAGGCUUUGCCCUGCAGCCUGAGGUUUAAAAUUUCUUUGGAAACU